AUGCAAAAUCAGAGCGCGCUCGAAAUCAAAUUGCAAGUGGAAAAACAGUUGGAGGAGAAAGAGAAUGUGGAACAUUCCAUUCCCAGUUCAAUUGUGAUCGGUCCAUUCUAUAUUAAUACCGAACCGGUUCGACAAAAUUUGUCGAAAAAAUGUAAAGCUCUGGUGAAUGCCCUGUUGGAUUUGCUCGCUCGACAACUGCGAAAACAAGCAGAUCAGUCGUCCGAGGAGUUCCGACAAAUCGCAGCUCGCCUGUACGAGAAACCGAAUUCGAUCGAGGAGUUGACCGAGAUGCGUGAGUGGAUUACCACAAUCCCAGACCGACUGGAAGAACGUCAGGAAGGUAUUGACAAAGCCAUGUCCGAUUACGAACUCAUCGAUGCAUUCUUCUACAAUCUGUCCGCGGACGAUUUCAAUGCCAAAUGGGUCACAAUCGGAUGGCCACACAAGAUUCGUCAAAUGAUUUCACAAGUGGAAAAAACGCUCGAGGAGGACGAGGAACGAUUCCGCAAACUCCAAGUGUCCGAGUCUGCUGCGUUCAGUGACAAGAUUGAUACAUUAACGAUGAUGGUCGCCUCGAUGGCCUCGUUCACAGAGAUUAGCAAAGCGCAAGAAGUGGCGAACGAGGUGAGACGCAUUUACAAACAACUACUGGACGCCCAAUCAAUGGCCGGAACAUUUAACAACCGGGAACGACUGUUUGGUAUGCCGAGCACAAAUUAUGAAAAAAUCCCACGUCUCAUGAAAGACUUUGAACCGUUCAAAAAUCUUUGGCUUAGUGCGUCUGAAUGGCUCAAGACACAGGAAGCGGUAAUGAACGAUCCGCUCACAUCGAUCGAUGCAGAUCAGGUGGAAAAAUUGGUCGUGGACUGUUACAAGACAAUGCACAAAUCUGUUCGUAUUUUCCACGAAUUACCAGGCGUACAGGAGGUGGCUAAUCAGAUCAAAAUGGCCAUUGAAGAGUUCAAACCGUUUAUCCCACUUAUUCAAGGUUUGCGCAACCCCGGGAUGCGUAAACGACAUUGGGAACAGUUGAGCGAGGAGCUUGGUGUCAGCAUUGUGCCUAAAUCCACACUCACGUUUGCCAAGUGUUUAGAAAUGCGAUUACAGGAUCACAUUGAGGUUAUUUCAAAAGUAGCCGAGGUUGCCGGAAAAGAAUAUUCCAUUGAAAGUGCUUUGAACAAAAUGGUGGCCGAAUGGCAACCGAUCAACUUCGAAGUUAUGCCGUACAAAGACACGGGUACGUGUAUCAUCAAAGUGGGUGAGGAGGUCAAUCAACUUCUGGACGAUCAUGUGGUCAUGACACAAGCCAUGAAUUUCUCCCCGUACAAAAAACCAUUUGAAGAACGAAUCACUCAGUGGGAGGCAAAACUACACACUGCUCAAGAUGUACUGGACGAAUGGAUCGCAUGUCAACGUCAAUGGCUCUAUUUGGAACCGAUUUUCAGUUCCGAAGAUAUUAAUCGUCAAUUACCGGUAGAAAGCAAACGAUACGCGACCAUGGAUCGAAUAUGGCGCAAAGUGAUGAAACAAGCGGCCGAGCAGCCACAAGUGAUCACCCUCUGUCCAGAUCCACGCCUGUUGAACAGUUUGCGCGAAUGUAACCGAUUGUUGGAUCAGGUUCAAAAAGGUUUGAGUGAAUAUCUGGAAACUAAACGUCAAUCGUUUCCACGAUUCUACUUCUUGUCUGAUGAUGAACUACUGGAAAUUCUAUCACAGACCAAAGAUCCAACAGCUGUGCAACCGCAUUUAAGAAAGUGUUUCGAAAAUAUUGCCAAGCUCGAUUUCCGGCCAGAUUUGGAAAUUAUUGCCAUGUACUCAUCUGAAGGUGAAAGAGUCGCAUUCGAAGAGACCACCUAUCCGACCGGGAACGUGGAAGAAUGGAUGCUGGAAAUUGAACGCCUGAUGCGAUUCUCCAUUCGCACCAUUAUUGGUCGAUCGUUAGAUGCGUACAAGAAAACACCACGAACGGAAUGGGUUCUACACUGGCCGGGACAGAUAGUGAUUGCUGGAUGUCAAACGUAUUGGACCAGUGAAGUGACUCAGGCAAUCGCUUCCAAUGCACUGGAACAAAUCUAUCCACAUUUGCUUCGUCAGUUGGACGGAUUGCGAGAACUGGUUCGUGGGGAUCUAAGCCGAAUCGGUCGAAUGACUCUGUCCGCCCUGAUUGUGAUCGAGGUGCAUGCACGUGAUGUGGUCGCCCGGAUGAUUGAGGAGCACGUGUGCAAUUUGAAUGAUUUUGAAUGGAUCAGUCAGUUGCGUUACUAUUGGGUCUCGGAUGAGCAGGAUUUGAGAUUGCGUGCAGUGAACGCGGAGUUCAGCUACGGUUAUGAAUAUUUGGGCAAUACCACUCGAUUAGUCAUCACCCCGCUAACCGAUCGAUGCUAUCUAACUUUGACCGGAGCGUUACAUUUGAAAUUCGGUGGUGCACCAGCUGGUCCAGCUGGGACGGGAAAAACCGAAACCACUAAAGAUUUGGGCAAAGCAUUUGCCAUUCAAUGUGUCGUGUUUAACUGUUCCGAUCAGCUGGACUUUAUGGCAAUGGGUAAAUUCUUCAAAGGUCUUGCCUCGGCCGGUGCUUGGGCGUGUUUCGAUGAGUUCAAUCGAAUCGAUAUUGAAGUCUUGUCUGUGGUUGCGCAACAAAUUACCACCAUACAGAAAGCACAACAGCAACGUUUGGAUCGAUUUAUUUUUGAAGGAGACGAGCUGGUUUUGAAACCAUCGUGUGCUGUAUUUAUCACCAUGAAUCCUGGCUAUGCCGGAAGGACUGAACUACCUGAUAAUUUGAAAGCUCUAUUCCGACCGGUUGCUAUGAUGGUUCCGGACUAUGCAUUGAUUGCCGAGAUCUCGUUGUUCUCAUUCGGAUUCUCCGAUGCGCGGUUGUUGGCCAAAAAAAUUGUGACCACAUUCAAAUUGUCUUCGGAACAAUUAAGCACACAAGACCAUUACGAUUUUGGUAUGCGUGCUGUGAAGAGCGUGAUUUCGGCAGCUGGCAACUUGAAACGACAAAAUUCGGAUAUGGAUGAGGUAAGAUACGGAAAUUCUUUUCUGAAUAAGAAUUUUCUGAGUGUUAUUGAUGUGAAAAAUACGCGUCAACCCUCUUUCGCACAGGAACUCAUUUGCCUCCGUGCCAUACGUGAUGUGAACGUGCCGAAAUUCUUGACCGACGAUCUCAAAUUAUUCAACGGCAUUGUGUCCGAUCUGUUCCCGAACAUCCGGGAAGCCCCGGUCGAUUAUGGUGAUCUCAUGUUGGCAUUGAAAACUUCCUGUGGUAAAUUGGGCCUAUUAGAUGUGGAAGGUUUUCUUCAUAAAUGCAUUCAACUGUAUGAGACAACUGUGGUUCGUCAUGGGCUUAUGCUUGUCGGUCCAACCGGAUCCGGUAAAACGAAGUGUUACAAAGUAUUACAGAACGCGCUCACCUCGUUGCGUGAUAAACCGGCUCCGGAUGGAACAUUCUUUCAAACAGUGCACACCUAUAUACUCAAUCCGAAAUCCAUUACUAUGGGCCAGUUGUACGGUGAGUUUGAUCUGCUCACCCACGAAUGGACGGACGGGAUUCUGAGCACACUGAUCCGAAAAGGUGUGGCUUCUAACAACGAGGAGAAACGCUGGUAUCUGUUUGAUGGCCCGGUUGAUGCAGUGUGGAUUGAGAAUAUGAACACGGUGCUGGAUGACAAUAAGAAAUUGUGCCUGAGCAGUGGUGAGAUUAUUAAACUGACCGAGGCGAUGACCAUGAUGUUCGAGGUGGCCGAUUUGGCUGUGGCAUCACCGGCCACUGUGAGUCGCUGUGGUAUGGUCUAUUUGGAACCGAGUAUUCUCGGACUGGAUCCGUUCAUUCAUUGUUGGAUUCGAAAAUUGCCCGAUGCGAUAUUCACACAUCGGGACAAAUUGCAAAGUUUGUUUGAGUUGUACAUGCAAGAUUCGAUCGCGUUUAUUCGUGCCGAGACCAAAGAAGUCAUCCCGACGACGGACGGUCAACUUUGCUUCAGUCUGAUCAAAAUGAUGGACGCAUUCUUCUUGCCCUAUCAUCCGAAAGAUAAACACGUCACGGAAGACAUUCUGGUACGAAUCGGACAGGCGAUGGAAUGCUGGUUUAUCUUCUCCCUUAUUUGGUCGGUUGGAGCCACGUGCACGAAUGAGGGCAGACUGAAAUUCGAUGCUUAUUUACGUCGCAAAAUGAAGGAGUUGAAAUGCAUACUCCCGUUCCCAGAGGAAGGAACUGUCUAUGAUUAUCGUUUUGAUGACGGUGGUCUUUUGUCCUCAGACGAACACGAAGAUGAUGACGAUGAAAUGGCCGGCAAAGAGAAAAAGAUGUCAUGGAUGCACUGGAUGAGCGAUGUACCGGAGCUACGAAUCCCGCCCGAAAUGCGUUACUCGGACAUUAUUGUUCCGACCAUCGAUACGGUGCGUUGUGGUUACCUGAUUGAAAUGCUCCUGGUCGCGAAGAAACCGGUCUUAUGCGUGGGCCCGACGGGGACCGGAAAAACGAUGACAAUUAUGAACAAACUGACUCGACACAUGCCGGCCGAAUAUAUUCCGGAAUUCAUUAUAUUCAGUGCAAAAACCAGUGCGAAACAAACUCAGGAUCUGAUCGAUGGCAAGCUGGACAAACGACGAAAACAGGUAUACGGUCCCCCGAUGGGUCGUUAUUUGAUCUUUUUCAUCGAUGAUUUGAACAUGCCUGCAUUGGAAGUGUAUGGAGCUCAGCCACCGAUCGAACUGAUUCGACAAUGGAUGGACUUUGGUGGAUGGUACGAUUUGAAAGUGAUCGGGGAAUUCCGUCGUCUGGUCGAUGUGAAUUUCAUCGGUGCGAUGGGACCGCCCGGUGGCGGGAGAAACCCAGUCACACCGAGACUAAUGCGUCAUUUCAAUUUCUUGGCUUACAACGAGCUGGACGAGGGUAGUAUGUAUACGAUAUUCAGUGCGAUUCUUAAAUCGUGGCUAUCUCGACCGGGUCCAGAUCAACCGGCUGCACAAUUGUUACAACAUGCGGAUGAUCUAGUGAAAGCGUCCACUCGAGUGUACACCACAAUCCAAUCCCAAAUGUUGCCGACCCCAGCCAAAAGUCAUUACACAUUCAACAUGCGUGAUUUGUCCAAAGUAUUCCAAGGCAUGCUAAUGAUGGAACCCGGUUCGUUGGUUGGCAGUUUGGAACAAAUUUUACGUCUGUGGUAUCACGAAUCAUGUCGGGUGUUCCAAGAUCGUCUGGUCAAUGAUACCGAUCGGGAUUGGUUUGUCGAACUGAUGAACACAACCUCGAAAGAGACAUUCCAAUUGGCUGUAGAUGACUACGUGAAAACCAAACCACUACUCUAUGGAGAUUUCCUGACCGCUGCGGCUAGUGAUGUGUGGAAAUACAUUGAGAUGGCUGAUCAUGCACAGGUGCUGCAAGUAAUCGAAGAGAAUUUAGAGGACUAUAAUCAGGUGAAUACGGCCAAAAUGAAUUUGGUCUUAUUCAUGUACGCUGUGGAACANAUUUGUCGUAUAUCCCGUAUUAUUCGACAACCGCAAGGAAACGCUUUACUAUUGGGCAUGGGUGGUAGUGGACGGCAAAGUCUCACACGUUUGGCUGCUCACAUGGCUGAAUACGAAUGUUUCCAAGUUGAACUAUCCAAAAAUUACGGAUUGAACGAAUGGCGUGAAGAUUUGAAGAAAAUCAUGAUGUCUGCCGGUAUCGAGGACAAGGCUGUCACAUUCUUAUUCUCAGAUACUCAGAUCAAAUCCGAAUCAUUUUUGGAGGACAUUAAUAACAUACUGAACGCCGGUGAUGUGCCCAACGUCUACUCCCUGGAUGAUUUGGACAAAAUCUACGAUGGUAUGAAAACUGUGGUCGCAGAAGCCGGUUUACAACCGACUAAAACCAAUCUGUUCUCCUGUUACACCAAACGUGUUCGAGCCAAUUUGCACACUGUGAUUGCAAUGAGUCCGAUCGGUGAGAUAUUCCGUGCCCGACUACGUCAAUUCCCCGCUCUGGUCAGUUGUUGCACCAUCGACUGGUUUAGUCCAUGGCCUCCGGAAGCGUUGGAAUCGGUCGCGUUGCGCACACUGCAACAGAUGACCGAAUUGGACGCGGACGAUCAGACAAUCAGUUCGAUGGUCAAAAUGUGCAUUGAUGUGCACCAGUCUGUGGUACAUAAUACGGAAUUGUACAAAAUUGAAUUGAAUCGACAUAACUAUGUGACACCGACUAGUUUUCUCGAAUUACUGGGCGUGUUCUCUAAGAUUUACGGCCUGAAGAAAGUCGAAGUGACCACAGCUCGCGAUCGAACCAAGACCGGGUUGGACAAAUUGCUUAGCACGGAGGAGGCGGUGUCCAAAUUGCAAGAAGAACUGGAAGUAAUGAAACCGGAAUUGGAACGCGCUGUCGAAGAGUCCAAAGUAACCAUGGAAGAGAUUGCACGGGAUUCCAAAGUGGCCGAGGAGACACAGACCAUUGUGUCACAUGAGGAACAACAGGCGCUGAAAAAAGCUCGCGAAUGUGAACUGAUUCGAGAUGAUGCGCAACGCGAUUUGGACGAAGCUAUGCCCGCAUUGUACGAAUCGCUCGAAGCGUUGAAAUCCUUGAACAAGAACGAUAUUACCGAGGUCAGAGCCAUGAUGCGUCCCCCGGAAGGUGUUCGCCUCGUGAUCGAGGCAGUUUGUAUCAUGAAAGAUGUGAAACCGAAAAAGGUGGCCGGGGACAAACCCGGAGUGAAAGUGGACGACUAUUGGGAACCGGGUAAAAUGUUAUUGCAAGAUCCGGGGAAAUUUUUGGAAUCCCUAUUGAACUAUGAUCGAGAUAAUAUACCGGACAGUGUGAUCAAUAAGAUAAAACCGUAUAUCGAAUCGGAAAGUUUUAUGCCAGCAGCUAUUGCCAAAGUGAGCAAGGCUUGCACAAGUAUUUGUCUCUGGGUGCGAGCCAUGUUCAAAUAUCAUCAUGUGGCGAAAAAUGUGGCACCCAAACGUGCCGCACUACAGGCGUCCGAGCUGGAACUGGCCGAGACCGAGAAAUUGCUCAAAGAAUCUCGAAGUCGUUUGAAAGCGUGCGAAGAUCGUAUUGCCAGUUUGCAGGCCAAAUACGACGAGUGUAUUCGUCGUCAACGUGAGUUGGAAGAUAAGAGUCAACUGUGCGAAGCCCGAUUAGUCCGCGCGGACAAACUAAUCGGUGGUCUGGGCAGUGAAAAAGUACGUUGGAAGGAAUCGGUGAUCAGUUUGAAUCGUUUAUUGGACAAUCUCGUCGGUAAUGUGCUCUCCUCGGCCGGUUCGGUAGCCUAUUUAGGUCCGUUUUCGAGCAAAUACCGAAACGAUAUGACCACAGAAUGGACAAAAAAAUUACGAGAGCACGGUGUACCGCACACGACAGAACCGGCGCCAAAUUUGGUUCAAACAUACGGAGAUCCGGUCAAAUUACGUAAUUGGCACAUUUUUGGUCUGCCCAAAGAUGCUCUGUCCAUUGAGAAUGCGUGUAUUGUUCAGUUCGCUCGACGCUGGCCAUUAUUUAUUGAUCCACAAGGACAGGCCAAUAAGUGGAUCAAAGCUCUCGGUGCGAAUGAGGGGAUGAGUGUGAUCAAAAUGUCCGAUAAGGAUUUCUUACGCAGUUUGGAAAAUUCCAUUAGAUUUGGGAAACCAUGUUUGUUGGAAAAUGUCGGUGAAGAACUUGACCCGGCCUUGGAACCGAUACUACUGAAACAGACUUACAAGCAUCAAGGUGCGACGGUGAUCAAAUUGGGUGAUGCUGUCAUUCCCUAUCAUGAUGAUUUCCGAUUCUACAUUACCACAAAAUUGCCCAAUCCGCACUACAAACCGGAAGUAUCGACUAAAGUCACACUGGUCAAUUUCACUUUGUCCCCGGAUGGUUUAGAAGAUCAACUAUUAGGCCUGGUCGUGGCUGAGGAACGACCAGAUUUGGAAGAGGCGAAAAAUCAGUUGAUUGUGAGCAACGCAAAAAUGAAACAAGAAUUGAAAGAGAUUGAGGAUCGGAUUCUGGAACGACUAAGUGCUACAGAAGGUUCCCCGGUCGAUGAUAUCGAUCUAAUCCAAACAUUAGAGGCAUCUAAAUUGAAAUCAAGCGAGAUUCAAGCGAAAGUGAUUGUGGCCGAACAAACAGAGCACGAUAUUGAUGAAACACGAAGCAAAUAUAUCCCUGUUGCUGUGAGAACACAAAUUCUAUUCUUCUGUGUGUCCGAUUUGGCCAAUAUCGAUCCGAUGUAUCAAUAUUCGUUGGAAUGGUUUGUGAAUAUAUUCCUGAAUGGGAUAGUCAACGCGGACAAGGCAGUAUCGGUACUUGUUGGCCGNGCCGGUGGGACAUCGAAACCGGUGGAUUUGCCCAAUCCCGCACCCGAAUGGAUAUCCGAUCGAAUGUGGGGUGAUGUGCUCACUUUGAACGCUCUGCACACUUUCUCCGGGCUGCCUCAGAGUAUCACCGAGAAUCGGGAUGGAUUUAAGGCAAUUUUCGACUCGCCCGAUCCACAUCGUGUCACUUUCCCGGAUCCAUGGCAAGUGAAUUUGGACUGUUUUCAACGCAUCCUUUUACUACGAUGUCUACGUGCGGACAAGGUCACAAAUGCUAUGCAAGAUUUUGUUACACAUCAUUUGGGACAACGAUUUGUCGAACCACAAUCCACCAGUUUGCCUCAAGUGUUCAAAGACAGUUCACCUUCCUCGCCACUUAUUUUUGUGCUAUCCCAGGGCACAGAUCCCGCUUCCGAUCUGUACAAAUUUGCCGAUGAGAUGAAAUUUGGCGGGAAGAAAUUGUCAGCCAUCUCGUUGGGUCAAGGACAAGGUCCACGUGCCGAGGAACUUAUGCGUGCCGCUAUGGAACGAGGAAUUUGGGUGUUUUUCCAAAACUGUCAUUUGGCUCCUUCGUGGAUGCCUGUUUUGGAACGGCUGGUGGAACAGAUUGACAAAGAUCGGGUACAUCGUGACUUUCGUCUUUGGUUGACCAGUAUGCCCAGUCCCGAUUUCCCAGUCUAUAUACUUCAGAAUGGAUCAAAAAUGACAGUGGAACCUCCCAAAGGAUUGAAGGCGAAUUUGUUGCGUACCUACACGUCAAUCAAUGAUGCCUACUUAGGAAAUGUACCAGAAAAGAAUUCGGAGUUCAAACACUUGUUGCUAGCAUUGGCUUUCUUCAAUGGUGCAUUGAUUGAACGCAAGAAAUUCGGACCAUUAGGAUUUAAUAUUGCGUAUGAAUUCACAACCGGUGAUUUGAAAAUAUGUAUGGAUCAACUGAUAAUGUUCCUGUCCGAGUACUCUGUCACACCGUACAAGGUACUAUGUUACACGGCCGGUCACAUAAACUAUGGUGGUCGGAUCACGGACGAUUGGGAUCGUCGUUGUGCAAUGAGCAUUCUGGGCGAAUACUAUCAACCACAAUCAUUGGAUGAUGAUCAUUCCUAUUCGCCUUCGGGAAUCUAUCACCAAUUGCCUGAAUCGAGUGAUCAUGCGACUUAUUUGGAAUAUAUUCGCAGUCUGCCCAUUAAUGAUCCUCCGGAAAUAUUCGGUCUGCACGAGAACGCCAAUAUCACAUUUGCCCAGAAUGAGACUUUCGCAUUGCUUGGCUAUUUGCUCCAACUACAACCCCGUUCCUCAGCCGGUUCCGGGAGUGGACAACAGCGUGAGGACGUGGUGGAAGAGAUUGCACGAUCCCUACUGAACUCGGCACCCCAGCCGUUUGAUUUGGUCAGUGUAAUCCAAAAAUAUCCGGUCAUAUACAACAAUCUUCUAUCAGCAAUCCAGCUCACUUUGGCUGAUUUGAUCAAAGCACUCAAAGGCUUGGUGGUCAUGUCUGCCAGUUUGGAAGAGAUGGCACGCUCGCUAUUUGACAAUCGUGUACCGACCAUGUGGGCCAACAAAGCCUAUCCGAGUUUGAAACCGCUGGCUGCCUGGGUGGAUGAUCUACUGCAGCGAGUGGCUUUCAUUCAAGAGUGGAUUGAUCGUGGCAUUCCAUCCGUGUUCUGGAUCAGUGGAUUUUUCUUCCCGCAAGCUUUUCUCACGGGUACUUUGCAAAACUACGCCCGAAAAAUGACAAUAUCUGUGGAUACUAUUUCAUUUGAUUUUAAGGUGAUGAAAGAAGCCAUGACCGAAUUGACAGAGCUACCAGCGGAUGGAAGUUACAUUCGUGGUUUAUUCUUGGAGGGAGCUCGAUGGGACUAUCAUCGGCAUCUUUUGGGGGAGUCCCGACCAAAAGAAUUGUAUACCAACAUGCCCGUGAUUUGGCUAAUCCCGGUAGCCAAUCGUAAAGCACCUGAAAAAGGUAGCUACGAAUGUCCUGUGUACAAAACACUAACACGUGCAGGUACAUUAUCCACAACCGGGCACUCGACCAACUUUGUAUUCGCCAUCGAUCUUCCUACAGAUCAACCACAGAAACACUGGAUUCAACGUGGUGUCGCCCUACUUUGCGCUCUCAACUACUAG